CGAAACUUUCUAAUAAACAAAAUCGACGGUUGCUUCUGUUUAAGCAAAUAUAUCAAUUUAACAUAUUACGCAAUUAAUGUUACAAAUUUAACGAUUACAAUUAUCGAUGCGAUUGCAUCGACAAAGUGUUAUUGCGUCAACAUACAACUUACCCAAAUAACUUGACAUUUGCUUGAACCAGGGCGACUGCCAGUCCCAUUCAACGAGGGGGGUUUUUUUUUUUCUCAUCGCGGGAUACAACGAAUCACGUUCUCGCGGAUCAUACCGCCAGGACAAGAAGAGUUUUCGAAACAGUGAUGUGACCGCCAGCCGAUCUCGCUUGUUCUGGGAGGGGGACAGAGACGAAGAGGACGAAGAAGAGGUGAUACUACCACCGUGAACCAAUGUACGUUGCACGACAAAUACGAUGUACACGGUAGCAUGGACGACGACGAGGACACACAGGUGGGGCUAUCCCACCUGCGGAGGAUCCGUGUCUACCUGACGAGGAUGAUGCCCCGUUCGGGUGGGAGGAAUUUAGGUUACUCGUACCACUAGGGAAUGUGGGCCGACUAUAUACCGGCUCAUCGCGACCGUCCGCCAGUUCAUUCCUUCCCCGUAUUUCCGAUUCGUCGGAUCCAGCAUCACACAGCUCUUGGUCCACGAUUUCUCUUAUCGUCGUCGAAUCAUCGUCAUCGGCACACCGAAGCUUCCUCUCGUAGCCCAUCUUUAGGUAAGUCCGGGGCCUUCCAGAAGAGAGGCAGCAAGGAAGGAGAUCGCUGGUCACCUUCGAAACUGAGCAGCAUCCUCGAAGGACCGCUGUUUGUUCUGUCUAGGAGUAUGAGGGCCAUCUACUUGCUCCUCCUCGGCGUUGUCGCCGUGAGUGCCCAGCGUCGCUUAGCCUUGCCCGAUCCACGAAGCUGCGCGAAUCGCGUCCGUCAUGCGACGUACAGGGAUGGCAGAGGAGUUGCUCACUCGUACUUCUUCAGCUGGGAACAUGCGCCAACCAGAAAUCUCGAGGUGGACUGGCUGGAUGCUCGCAACAUCUGCCGUCGUCACUGCAUGGACGCCGUAUCCCUGGAGACUCCUCAAGAGAACGAAUUCGUCAAGCAGAGAUUAGCGAGAGGAAACGUGAGAUACAUUUGGACGUCGGGCCGUAAGUGCAACUUCAACGGCUGCGACCGACCCGAUCUGCAGCCCCAGAACAUCAAUGGAUGGUUCUGGUCUGGAUCAGGUGCUAAGAUCGGACCGACGUCUCAGCGUAACUCCGGAGACUGGAGUAACACUGGAGGAUUUGGUCAACCGCAACCGGACAACCGCGAAGCUGCACAGGGUAACGAUGAGUCUUGCCUGUCUAUCUUGAACAACUUCUACAAUGACGGCAUCAAAUGGCACGACGUGGCGUGUCAUCACGUGAAGCCCUUCGUGUGCGAGGAUAGCGACGAACUCCUCACUUUUGUCGCGUCCCGAAACCCAGGAAUCCGUUUGUGAAAGGCGACCGCGGCGAACUCGGGCAAGCAGACUAUCAUCGUGCAUUAAAGAAUGCGAGAACGGACGCGACAGUAUUUCACGCACACCGUAUAUACUCUCGUCCGUACAUUUAUUUAUAAUUACACUAACCCGAUACUCUUGUUUAACGGCCGCGUUUGUAGUGUUGCGCAAUUCACCGUAAGCAGAACGAUUGGUAGCGCAAAGUAGGUGGUAAAUGUGUAUUUAGUAUUAUACACACAUAAUUUCUUGUAAUUUUUGUAUUCUUUUCGUACGAGAAUAAAUGCAUUUUCUUAUUU